AUGAUCUUACAAAAGGGUGAAACAGAGAUAAAAAAGGUUAAUAACAUCGAUCCUGGGACGACAAGUUAUUCGUUUCGUGGUUUGGAGAAAGAUACCAACUACACAGUGAAACUGUUUUCCAGAAAUUUUGUAUUCGAGGGAGAUCCUACUGUAUGGAACAUUAAGACCAAGUUUGAAGGUGAGGAAUCAAAAGUGAUAUCGUGACUGAGCACUUUCCACCAGUCAUUUUUCGCCAACUUAGAUAUGUUGUGAGUAACCCAGUUUUAACAAUGUUAUCUGCUUGCCGCAUUAUAAGAUUUUUGAUUUUCAGUUUUUGUCCCCUCCUUAAUGGCCAGUUUCCUUUCCCUUUGUGAUAAGUGUUUUAAAGAUACCUAUGUUUGAAGAAGCAUAAUAAUAAACAAUGAAAAAAUAAUGAACGUCGUGAGAACAAUAGAUAACCUACGCGGUUACGUUCCGUAAAUGUUACCUGAUUUAUCAAGUAUUGUUUGCCUUCCCGUUUUUUUUUUUUUUUUUUCUUUCUAAUGUUCAGGUUUCAAAAUCUGUUAUAUGAAUCAGCAACAACAGCCGCUAGAUAGUGAUCUUUAGGUUGGAUACAUUUUUCUUAAACUCUUACCGGCUAUAUUCAGAACGCCCAAAAACCAACUAUCCCUUUAGGCAGUGAGACAAUUUCCACACAUCGUUUGACCAAAGAAUUGAAGUUUGAAGAAAUAGGCCUUUCAUGAAAAUCGAUUUUAACAUGCAGAUAUUAUGGGGAAAUCUCGUCAAACAGAGUGUGGACGGCCUCGAAGAAUCUUCCGUACAUAUUUUCUUUCAGAUGAGAAAUAGCUUGUUUUCAUUUCGCAGGGAUAAGGUGAAACCAAAACAAUUAAGGUUGCCGUUUUCAAAAAAGUUUUUUUCUUGAACUUAGUAACUGAAGUUGAGCAGCCGUAACAUGGCAAUGAAGUUCGUUGCACCUGUUAUCGCUUAAACGCUUCUUGUCAUUGCCUCCUCGACUGACAACCCCCGUGGAGAAAAAAGUUUGUUGUCUCGGCGGAAGAACCCGCGCCAGCUUAUGUUUGCAGAAGAAGAAUCGUAGGCCUGGACGCUCAAAUGGCUCGAGAAGCGGAGCAUGCGCACUCAUUUUUCCGCUGUGUCAUUGCAGAGUGCCUGCACCAAGUCAUGCGCGAUUUCAAACUUUGAAAAGCAGAAUAUAGUUGUACACGAACUGAGAUCCUUUCUGUAAUUACGUGACACAAACGAAUGGUGAAUUGCCACGUCGUCUAUGCAUCGGUCUUUCAUUUGAUCUUGUGUAAAUAGCAAUUAAAUACCAGUAGAAGUCAGUGUGUCGUUCAAAUUCACCUUUUAAAUGCAGUAUUUGUUUUAGGCAAUAACCGACCAUCAUUUUAGGCUUCUCAUUAUCGCUUCAUCUCAGUACUUAACUUGAUUUUCCUUGCCAUACACUUUCGUUUCAAAAAUAUCCCAAAAAAAAUCCUCGACCAAUUUACAGAUGAUUUAAUCAUUGAUAAUGGUGUUACCAAGUUUGUAACAAGAAGUUGUAUAAUUAUUGGAAAUUGCACGCUGUUCGUGUUGUUGACAUCAAUCUAGGAGCCCCAGAUGUGGUCGAAAUAGACGAACUGCCAGAUGAAACAACAGACGAUACAAUUACCCUAAAGUGGAAGGAGCCAGAAAGUAAUGGAAAAGUUAUCACCAUGUAUACAGUGUACCAAAGAGUAGUGACUGAUGGGAAAGUGGGACAGUGGACAAUAAUAAAGGAAAUCAGAGAUGUUUCUGUAAGAGAAUUGAAAAUAGCGUUGGAGAAAGGAAAGGUGUAUCAGUUUGCCGUUACUGCAACUAAUGAGCUUGGUGAAAGCCAAAAACAAGAGGGAGCAAAUAUCCAGCAAGUCAAGGCAGAAGGAAGUAUGUUCAAAUGAAUCUUACUUUCCCCUUUCAACGGUUUAUCCUUUUCUUUACUUAGUUUUCAAGCACUCUCCGUGUCGUCAACAUCGAGGUUUUUACGGGUGAAUUCUUCGCUUGCAAGAACCUGAAUCAACGAGAAAAAUUUUACUUACGUCGCAGUUGAUAUUUGUGUGCCAACUGCAAAUAUAUGGCAUACCUAUUAACUGAGAUUUUAAUCAUUGGCUGGCACACACAGAUAUUUUAAGUAGUUUACUGACACAUGCUGAUCUGAAUCUGGAAAGAGAAGUCUGCAACACUUUCGUUUUGUCUUCUCACUUUUAAAUUAACUGCUUUUUCUUUCCUUUGCCGUCAUCAGUUAGUUGAUGCCUCUCUCCCGCAAAAAAAAAAAUUCACACUCCCACACUGAAUUCCAAGAACUCUUCUGUCAUUUCCACCACCACUGCACUUUACUCUUCAUACCGAUGAAAGCGACUUCGCACUUAGCUUCCUCUUCGCAACGUCAUUUCGACACCAGAUUACUGAGCCGCGAAAUUUAUUUAUUUAACUUCUGGAAGGGGGCUGGAAUCUGAGGUCGCUACGUUGAUCACUGUAUCAGCGCUACUUUUUCUACCAGAGAGGAACUCAAUUAUUUUUUAACUGCUGUCAGUUACUUUCAUCCAACUCCAAAAUAGAUCUGGGAAAUUUCUGACACCUCUUUGGCUUCUCCAGAAGUCAAAGUUAACAGAUAAUAGUCUAUGUAUCAGUAGGUGUGCUACAGACCCACGGUGUCUCAUAGUUUUGUCAUCUUCAAAUCCAUUACAUGUCAAGAAUACCAUUCCUUAUUCUCAGUGUCUUAGGCUUCAUUGCCUAUAUAUUGACAGUUCUGAUUUUCCAAGAUAUCAGAGGCAAUAUGGCAGUUCUUAAAAAAACCGUGGCCAUCCUACCUUUGUCAUUCAAGGGAGUCUUUAACAACUGAUCGAAAGUCGGCAUUCUACAAACGUCACAGUAGGAAGAGAAUGGUCGUAUUCCAUUUUAGCGGCACAAUCACGCAGUAAAACCUGUCCUUCUAAUAAAUUUAAAUUACUUCAAAGUGAUCCAAAAACUGAUAUAUUAUUUUCGCAUAAAACAUAGACAACUUUUUGAUCAGAAAUACUUUGUAAAUAAAUGAUCAACCCGAGGCUUUAACCUCGCGUGCAUGACACAAAACUUCUCCUUUCAUAUAUAAUGUUGAGACUGCCACCACCAAUGUCAUCUAUUUCAUAACUUGCGGUUAUUUCAAAAGUGUAUACUUCGGCGAAAAGGAAGACGACUAAGGGGAACGAUUCUGAGAACAACAUCGUGAUGCAAAAUACAAGAAAAACAAUAUCUAUCAAAUUGGCCUCCCUUUCGUACAUUUGAUGCCAGUGUUCUUUGUAAGUAAAGGCUGUUUUUUUGUACAUGAGUUCAAAUGAUAAUUUUUGGGCAAACAAACAAACGUUCAUUUUCAUUGUCGUAUUUUUUUUCCCCAGUUCAAACAGUAAGCACAAAAGUUUACCUGACAGCGACAAUUCAGGAGAACUGUAGCAGACGUUCAGAAGUUGCUGAGAAAUUUCCAGAUAUGGUUAGAUAAUCUACUUGAUCCAUACACUGGAGUGUAUGGAAUACUGUCAUGAGAUUUAUCAUGAAAAUUGAGUCUUAAUCUGUUCUUGAAUGAAAUCUUAAUAUUUCUGUUAAAAAAAAAAUUUUUUUUGAAUGAUCUUCAGUAUGUGGCAAGCAUUUGAAUGUACGUUUUUUUCUUUACAUGUCCUUUUAGGCUUGUCAAAUUGCCUUUACGUUUGGCUGCUCAUCCGCCAACACUGUGAACACCAGGUAAGGUACAGUUUGUUGUUUUACACUGAAACAACAAAUGGAAACGCAAAUUCGCGUUCUAGUGGGGGGAGGAGCUUUAUCUCAUUGUGUUGUAUUUUAGCGGUAAAACUGGUUUUUCUGCUCUAACAAAUCUUAUUUGAUACACGAUAAUUUACAUUUGAAGUACAUUUUCUUUAAUCUACAGUAAUAUAUUGGGACAGAAUGACAUGAAUUAAUUUUAUUUACCUUGGUUUAUUGCAUUGGUUAAAUCUCAAUAUAUUUUAACACCAAAAUACAAAUAUGUGUAAUGAUACUCUUUGCUCACCCCUCCCCUCCCCCCUUAUCUAGGUGUGGCAGUGUUGUUCUUGACUUCAUGAUGAGGUUCAAUCAAAGUGUAGUCGUCAGAAAUGUUUUGAUUGUCCUGUCGCAUGCUGCGAGGCAAGACAAAUUCGGAGGUUUUAAAGUCAAUCCAGACUCAAUUAAACAAGUUUUAAUACCUACAGAUGGCUCGGAAAGCACAACAAAUGGUAAAUUAUACAAAUAAAUUGUUAAAUGUUUACACGUAUUCUUCCGAAGAUGCAUGGACUGUUUAUAAUUGUAUUCCGUAUCUGUUUAAAUAAACAACUUAUUCUGUGACUGAUACAUUUCUAGGUUUUUGGUUUUUUCGUUGUUGUUUCAUUUAAUUAAACAAAGUCUUACUUUUAAAAAUUCUUAGAGAGAGAGUACCACCUUAAUUUUCCUUAGUACCUAGCCAAUUAGAGUUAAAGUUUUUCAGCCAUGAGCCUAAGCUAUUUAGUGAGAGCGGUAUAUCGACCAGGAUCAGUGUAAAUGUUGUUUGAAUGUUACUUGAUCAAGCUUUGUAAAAUAAAUCAUUUUAGGUCCUGAGGAAUGUAACUGCCCAUCUAACAACGUCUUGUUAGCCAUAAUUGGGGUUCUUGCCUUCACAAUCCUUCUUCUAAUUAUUUACAUAAUCUGGCUACAUAAGAAAGGUAGGUAAAAAAAUCAUUAUCUAUGUUAGAGGGUUUGGCUGCAAGAUUCAUUUUUUUACAAAAGCAAAUUUUAACCCACAUCCACCUCAUUUGUCUAUUUUUCCUUUCGUUCUUUUUUAGGCGCUGUAGGGAAACAGAGGUAAGAAUUUGCUGCCACUUCGAUUGUGUCGAUGUAAUGUGCCCGAUAUGGUUUCAUCUUAACACAAAAUUUCAAUAAAAACUGAUGAAAUUCUUAGCGUUUUAUAAUUAUUUCUAUGCUUUCUCGAUUGCAGGACUUGUGAAGAUGAGAGACGUGUUUUCGAAGUAAGUUACAGCUAAGACAUUGAGGUCAUGUUAGUGUGACCAGAAAUUAUGUAAUCUUACAUUACCUCUACUUUCUAAAAGAAAAUGUACGCUUGCAGCAAAUAAGAAGGGAAAAAUGUGUAGUUCUACAUAAAAAAAGCAUAUUGUAUCAGUGGCAGAUACAAUGAAAUAAAAGAGGAAGCAAGACUCGAUAAGGUCUUUGUCCUGGGAUCAUGUCCUUUACCAAACCACUCCAUGGAUUUUCCUUCGAUUGUCCUUGGUUCAGCUGCCUGGCUUCACUUCAUAGAUCGCUAAUUGGUCUGCACCCGGUUGAUAUUUGCACUCUAAAUAAUAGAUUUCGCGCAUUUUGGCCGUCGUAUCUUCUUGAUGCCUUAUUUUCUAAAGGUGAGUUUAGGAGCUGAGUACAGCAAGAGUUUUUUCGUGCAUUUAUUUGUCAAAAUAUUGGACUACCAAUCGACAAUCUUCACGUUGCAGUUUGUAGCUUCGGCGAAUAUGCUAUGACCCUCGAUCACUCCAUUGGACAUGAUAGUUUCAAAAGCAGAGAACAAAAUGUUAAUAAUAAUAUGGAUAAGAUAUUAUAAACUAUUUAUAAUCUCUUUUCAUGGAAUAAUAUAAACGUUUGUCUGAGAAAAUGGUAAACUGAUUUUUAUAACCAUGUGGAACUUUUUUCUGGGAUUAAAAACAGAUUUGUAUACGAAUACCUUAACGGUAUGUUGGUUUAAUAGAAUAAAACAGGAUUAGAAGAUAUCGAACCAAGUCUACCCGAUUCAAGAAAACUCACCCAGCCUCCUGCUGAAUACAUGGAUCUCAUAGAAGUCAACAAAGAUAAUAGAAAAGCACAAAGAACAGCUCCAGGUGCUGAUUACGUGCCUCUUCAUCCGUCAACACGCUGCUGGGAAGUUCCAAGACAUCACGUGACCAUAGAAAAAAUCAUUGGUAAAGGUGCUUUUGGUCAGGUUGCCAAGGGAACAGCGGUAGGACUUCGAGGGAGUCCUGAAACGACCACAGUGGCUAUUAAGAUGCUUAAAAGUGAGCUCUUGUACUGUAAAUUGAAUGACAGUCUUAGCCUACAGACAUUCAGGAAAUGUUACUGGGUUACUGUAAUUAUUUAGCUAUUUGCCAUUUCAUAAGUUAUGUUGUUAUUCCGACAUUUCGCAUAUUAUUCCCGUUAACCAAAUUUUACUCCUUGUUUUUAAUGCUCCAGCUAACGCUUCUGAAUCGGACAAGAGAGAUCUGAUGAAAGAACUUGACACAAUGAAGCAGCUGAAACCACAUCCUUACGUCAUUAAACUUCUGGGAUGUGUUACUGAAUCUGGUAUGCUUUGGUUAUGCGGGUCUAAUUUUGCUGCACACAUUUUUGUUAUGAUUUACUCUGUAACGCUUUCUCGUCAUUGAUAAUUUGCCUCAGUGGAGGGGUGACCGCUUCGCAAUUGAGCAAAACAAACAACCAUCGCAUAAGGUAAUUUUAUCUUUUUUUAGCCAACACAGACGUGAUAGACUAAGACCGAAUAUUUGCCACUGAACAGAAGCAGAAACGCUUUUUUUAAGGGAAUAAUUGGUCUGUACUUUCUUAUGAGACCGUCGCAUAGUUUUUCUUGUUUUCAUGCGAUUUCUUCAAAAGUGUUGACCAUGACUGGGCUAUUCAUCUAUUUCAAUUACUGCUUUUUUUUUAAAGAAAGUAACAUAUCAAUUAAAUUGUUUAAUUUCUUCAGAACAGCUUUUGGUUUUGAUUGAAUAUGUGCCUUUUGGGGAUCUGCUGGGUUACUUGAGAAAGAGCCGUGGAUUAAAAGACACUUACUACAAAGACCCGGAUAUCAAACCACAAACAAAUCUGACGUCACAGCAGCUGAUGAAGUUUGCUUGGCAAAUUGCUGAUGGAAUGAGUUACUUGUCCGCAAAAUUUGUAAGUUACUUAAAAACACAAAAGUCAAACAAUUCUAAAACCUUCUCGUAAGGUCUAUCGUCAUGUUAAGCUCUGUCUUGCUUAGAAUAUUAUGUCUUUACAAGAUCACGCCUGGGAGAUGCAGACGUAUUCUUACCGUCUUGUCGAGGCUAUUUCUUUAGGGCCAGGAACCCUCCCGAUUUUGACGUCAUCAUAUAAGUUUUAUUUCAAUGCGAGAAUGGCGAUAUUUGUGCAUCGUUGCAAGUGUGCCCCAUCGAAAUAAAAUAUCUGGGUUUUUCUCGUGUGAGCAAAGGCAGAGACGCGAAGGAAUAGGAUCUUUUAAGAUAUUCAGCUUAAACUGAGUGUACAACAAAUAUCCAUUUUAGUGACAAGGAAGAAAGGAAUUAAAACUUCAACUUAAAAAAAUCGUCUUUGGUCGCUAAACUGCUUCAUUACAGAAUCCUAUUUCGAUUAAAAGGUUAAGGUAAGCGUUCUUUGAAAUGACUACGUAUUGCAGAAAUAAAGUAGUUUGCUUCUCUUUGGAAUAUGAAGCAGUUAUUGUAGUAGUUUUAACUUUCUGCCAUCUGGAAGAAAAAGAAAUACACACAGUAUAUUAUGUUGCUAGAUAUUUCUAUUUUUCUCUCUGAACCAUUUCAUUUCAGUUCUUUUUCUUCUACAAUCGCUAAUUUUUGCUGUUACAUCAACUCUUUCUUAGAUCAUUCACCGAGACCUUGCGGCCCGUAAUGUGUUGGUUGGACAAAAGGAAAUGUGUAAAGUGACAGACUUCGGAAUGGCCAGAGAUGUGCAGCAGGAAAAUAUUUAUGAACGAAAGACAAAGGUAAUCAAGAAAAAGGGGAGGGGAGGGCGGUAUCACAUUUCGUUCAGUUUAGUGAUCUUUGACAAUCAUUGUUGUGGUUGAGCUGAUAUAUUCCUGAUUUCGAUCAUGAAUUCCUUGGGACCCUAAUGAAACUAUCAGCCAUGCGUAUACGAGUACAAUUUUAAAUAUCACUAUUUCUGACUACUCGCUUCCUAUAAUUCUCGAGCUGUUUCACAAAGUGAUAUUUAAAAUCUUUAGGGCCGUCUUCCCGUGAAAUGGACAGCUUAUGAGGCCUUAUUGUAUGGUAAAUAUACCACCAAAAGUGACGUGUAAGUAUACCUGAUUAUUACCCGUGGCAGUUUAUCAAAAAUUUUAUAAUUUUAAUCAGGACUUGAAUUCUAUGCCGAAGAAUACAUAUAUUUUAUUCGUCGUAUAUACUGUUUAUGUCUAUAGUCACUUAAUUUAUAUUCGUUUGAUUUGUCUUUCUGCAGAUGGAGUUAUGGAGUUCUGUUAUACGAGAUUUUCACCAUAGGUAACAUCGAAUAGAAUUUUAUAAGACUCUGUAGAUGUUUUUUUGCUUUAUACCAUGUUUAAUUAAACAGUGUAUCGUGUUCAGUUAGACAAACGUAAUGAGCUUCAAACUACAUCUAGUGACAAAGGUGGUGUUUCAUUGAAGGUCGUUUUUUUGUCACAUUUAUAUUUCGAUGGUCUUGUGGUUCUUCCAGGCGGUUCACCUUACCCACGAAUGGAUGGAAGAAAAAUUGCAAACUUACUCCAGGAUGGAUACAGGAUGCCUAAACCACAACACGUCGAUGAAAAAUUGUAAGUUUUCUUUAUUUACUUGUUCUCCCUCGUCGUACAAGGAAACAUUCUUUAAAUCUUUAACAGAUUAUUUGAAUAAUACCAGGUAUCAGAUCAUGAUGAAAUGCUGGAAGAAUGACCCAGACGCAAGACCAACUUUCACUGAAUUGAAAAAUCAGCUUAAGGACAUGGAAACCCUACACAAGGUCAGAAUUUUUAUCAAUAUGAAAGUUUUUUUUUUCACGUAAAACGGACUGGCUUAGGCUGAGCUAAUUAGGGUUUAACGUAACAGCAUUGAGCUUAAAUAGCGUCUCAAUGACAAUUGAAUGUCUCAAUGACAAUUAAGACUUUAUGGUUAUUUAAAAGAUCAUAGGAUGAUUGCAAAACUGCACUGAGACGCACAAAGAGUAGCAGACGACGACGCCAUAAAAUACUUCCUCCUUGAAUUUGUUUUGGUGUGAAAACCUGACCACUUGUGAGGAUAACCACUUAAAACUUUUUUAAUGUUGCUGAUCAUUAUAUUAUUUUUCUCUGCAGAAGCUAAUUGACAUGAAAAUGUACGACAAGCAGUUGUAUGCAAACGUCGAGGAUUUAACGGUGUAGUUAGAUACACGUCUACGGUGUAUGACCUGCUAAUAUUUUGAACACUUCGCCUAGACAAGUUUCAGGGAUUAAUCAUCGUUUCCUUACACGCUUACUUGGUAGAAAUAGCCAUAUUGCGUUUAGCAGUUAGGCUGUAACACUGUCAUUCAAUUGACUUCAUAUCCUUAAACGCCGAAACGCUUUUAUAAGUUUACCGAUAAAGUUUAAUCUCAUUUUCUCUUUAACAUAUUAAGUAUUUACAAGUAUGCCUCGACACAAGCCUUUGAGUUCAGUUUAUUUUCUGGCUCAAUUCUGAGGUGAUGAUGAGAUCUCGCCCUGAAAGCCAUAGUUGUGUACAAUUUUAAUAAAUUGCUAAAAAAUUUUGCCGCAAAACCCGCUUGUUUUUAGGAAAGCUA